GUUACAACUUUUUUAAAUGUCUAAGGUGAUGAAAUACUAUAAAGUCGAUGAAAUACGAAGACAAAACAACUUAGAUUUGGUUUAGUCGUGAUCAGAAUGACCUAGCGAGCUAUGGCAGUGCAAAGGAGAGAGGCUGAAGACAGUGUUGUCUUUUUAACAACGAUUUUUCGCUGGUUUGGAUCGCUUUGUGCACGAUCACCAGUUGAGAUUUUAGUAAUAUGGCUAACAGCAUUUUCGUGUUUGUUGACUUUGGGCCUGUACGAUCACUCACUUGUGCCUAAAGAUUUCAACUCGUCCGUGGUUGAUGGACCAUUUAAGACUUGGGCAUUUGGAACAGCAAGCUACAUCCUCACUAUCUCAUAUUUAUACUUUCGAUGCAAGAAACUUCUCAAGGAAGAAUCAAGAGCGCUUGUAGGAAUGACAAUUAUGCAUGUUAUGGUUUCAUUGCUGAUAUUUAUCUCAACUUUGCUGGCAUUGUUUGGUAAAAGUUGGACUCACAUAAGAGAGGCACUACCUUUCUGCCUUCUCCUAAUUGACAUAAAGAAAGUGAACAUUAUUGAGAAACUGGUGCUAUCAUCAUCAUCAAUGCAUGAUGUUCAUCAUAAAAUUGCAUUGGGAUCAGCAAGAAUUGGACCAACUUUAACACUCAACACGCUUGUGGAAGUACUGGUCAUUCAUAUUGGGACCUACUCAGGGGUGGAUGCAAUCGAAAUGCUGUGUAUUUUUGGAGUAGUUGCUGUCGUAGUGAAUUAUCUUGUUUCAAUAAGUUUUGUUCCAGCAGCUUUGUCAUUAUAUGCAGAGUUGAGUCAGGUUGAUGAGAAUACUAAAAAAGCUCAAGAGGCCCACAUUGAGAUUGAUGAACCCAGUCAUGUUUCCAACCCUGUUGUACAACAAGUUAAGAUGAUUAUGUCAUUGGGUCUUUUCAUGGUCCACAUGCACCUCUACUUAUCUUCUGUGAAACAAACAAUGUCAGGCAAUAUUUUUCAGGACAGUGUCUAUGUGAAAUUCUUUGGACGUCUCAACAUGUCCACAGAACAGGUUAUAACCGUUACACUGGCGCUGAUACUGACCGCUAAAUACAUCUUCGAUAAGGACCACGUUCCUAGCAGGACAAGAACUUCGGAUGAUACAAUACUUCAUGAUACUUCGACUGAUAGUGAUUCGAAGGAUGUUACAGUGACAGAUGGUACCAUAGCUGGACGCCAAGACCAGAGUGGUGACCUGACAAACAAUGGUGGUACCACGAAUGGAGAUAUAUCUCAUAAUGGUGGUGCUAUCAUCAAUGCAAGAAAAGCAUUCUUUCAAAUUGGUGAAGGCCUGUCAGCCCUUGUGAAGUCUGUGACAAACGAUAAUUCAAAUCUCGAUGGGGACACUGAUGAAGAAAUUUUGAAAAAGAUCGAGACAAAAGCUGUUCCAGUACAUCAGCUGGAGAAGAAACUAACCGACUUAACACGAGCUGUGAGACUGCGGAGGAUUGUGGUUGAAAAGAAAUUGAAAAACGACAGGAAACUAACAAACCUCCCUUAUGAAUCGUACGACUAUUCAAAGGUGAUUGGCUCGUGUUGUGAGAAUGUCAUUGGGUACAUGCCCAUUCCAGUGGGCGUGGCCGGACCGCUUUUAUUGGAUGGUCAGAUAUAUCAUGUUCCCAUGGCGACAGUCGAAGGAUGCUUGGUUGCCAGUACCAACCGAGGAUGCAGAGCUUUAGCGUCGAGCGAUGGCGUCCGAAGCCGAGUGCUUGCCGAUGGUAUGACGCGUGGUCCUGCUGUAAGGUUCCCCUCCGCAUUACAAGCUAGUGAUCUUAAAGAAUGGCUUGCUGACGAAGAGAAUUUCAAGAGUGUUCAAAAUGCUUUUGAUUCAACCAGUAGGUUUGCGCGGCUACAAAAGAUCCAAUGCGCCAUCGCCGGCCGACUGAUGUUCCUGCGGUUCCAGGCGACAACUGGGGAUGCAAUGGGAAUGAAUAUGAUAUCAAAGGGAACUGAACGUGCGUUGAGCUACCUGCAAGAUCAUUUUCCUGAGAUGGAGAUCAUUAGUAUCAGCGGUAAUUACUGUACCGACAAGAAAGCGGCGGCUGUGAACUGGAUCGAAGGACGGGGAAAGUCUGUCGUAUGCGAAGCAAUCAUUCCCGCCAGUGUCGUUACCAGAAUUCUCAAGACCACGGUAUCCGCUCUGGUUGAUGUGAACACCAACAAGAAUCUCGUUGGUUCUGCAAUCGCCGGAAGUUUAGGCGGUUUUAAUGCGCAUGCCGCAAAUAUUGUGACCGCUGUGUUCAUAGCCACGGGACAGGAUGCAGCCCAGAAUGUUGGCAGUAGUCAGUGUAUAACGUUGAUGGAGAGAUGUGGACCAACUCAAGAAGACUUGUAUAUGAGCUGUACAAUGCCAUCAGUAGAAGUUGGGACAAUUGGUGGGGGAACAAUUUUACCACCACAAGCUGCGUGUCUUGAGAUGCUGGGAGUUGUUGGUCCUCACAGCAGUAAACCAGGAGAGAAUGCUUCCCGGUUGGCACGAGUGAUAGUCGCCACAGUUUUGGCUGGUGAAUUGUCACUACUUAGUGCCUUGGCUGCCGGACAUCUUGUCAAAAGUCACAUGACUCAUAACAGAUCAAAAGUUGACUUAAAAGAAAUGGCCAAAGCCUGUCCAUUGCCAUAGACUGAUGGAUGAUGACCAGUUUGGAAAAACUUCAAGAUUGGAGGGAUUUUUACCGAACAACUGCAAUGCCCCCAAACGUUUUUCAUUCCACACAUUGACAUGAAGAUUUAUGGCUGCUUCUACUGUAGGCAGUUUUUGGAUUGUUUCUGGGCUCCAGAUAGUGGGUUUUUAAAGUGUGGCAUUUUGAGGAGUUGGAUAUUCAUGGCCAUUUUGUGGUAGUUUGUGACCAAUGCCAAUCAAUGUUUUUUAUUUGACAAUUGGGAAUGACUCAUCUCUGUAGCUUUGAUAGCCGCAGUUUUUUGAUAUUUUUAUGAGAGUUUGAAAGAUGUAUUUAGAGUAGAAUUUUAUUAUAUUUCUA